CCGAAACGCGUUUUUCAGAAAGAUUGUCCUAAUGCGAAUUCCGUACCCACGUUUACUAGCACAACAGGCAAACGUGAGAUAUUUCUUCAUAUUUAUUUGUACAUAAUGUAAAAGCAACUGAUGUAAUUGCAGACACUUUAGCAUGAGAAAUACUGAAGAAAAGCAGAAGUAGAGAAAAGACAGCAGCAUAUCCUACUCAACUGUUGUCAAGUUCAUCUUUGUCUCACAGACAUGUUUCCAGAACUGAACAGUAUUCUCAAUUCCACUCCAGACAGUUUCAAAUCGAGUGACUUCAUCCUGGUGUCUGACAGACAAGCUGAUGCAUCAUUUCUCAUUCAUCACUACCUGUCUUUCUACUUACGUGCUGGCUGUAAGGUGUGUUUUCUGGGUCUUGUUCAGUCCUUCAGCCACUACAGUGCUGUCGGUCAGAGGCUGGGAGUGAGUCUGACCCAGGCAAGAGAGAAGGGCCAGCUAGUGUUUCUCGAAGGACUGAAGGACUCUAUUGGAGCACUAUUACAGGAGGAAAGCAGUCAGGGGACACAACCUUUGAGUUAUCUCAGGUCCCCAGGUGCUGGACUGAAAGGUCUGUUCAGAUUUGUGGAAAGUUCUGUGCGUCAGAAUGGAGGACGUGAUGAUGGUGAAUCAUGGGGUCCUCCAGUGUUACUCAUAGAUGAACUCAGCGUGCUCCUGAGUUUAGGUGUUACUGCUGGAGCAAUACUAGACUUUACCCUCUACUGCCAAGCCACCGUGUGCUCUGAGUUACAGGGAAAUAUGGUCAUUCUGGUGAGAUGUGAGGAGGAGGAUGCAGAUGAUGAUGAAGAGGGAUCAAACCUGCUCCAGAGGGGACUAGUUCAUCAAUGUAACUUGGCAUUACAUGUAGAGGGGUUACCCACGGGUUACUGCAGGGACAUACAUGGACAGAUGGAGGUUUGGUGGCGACAGAGUGGAGAGACCAUGUACAACCAACGAAAAAUAUUUCAUUUUAAGGUCUAUGAUAAAGGAGCGUCAUUUUUCGCUCGAGGGACUUCUAGUGCUGUUCUCUAAGUUUUCAAAUGAAAGUCUAAGUUUACAUUGAAUCUCUAACUGAAAUAAUGUCAUUAUGUAGUUUGUUUUAUAUAAAUACAUAUAUAAUACAUCA